AUGUCUCCACUCUCCACUCAGCAAAGUGUCUUCAUGUAUAGGAAAAUACGUGCGCAGCUGCAACCUUUUUGCACAGUAACUGAUUGUAACAGGUCUUGUCUUUGCGUUCAUCGUCAACGUCAACAAAUGUCUUCCGCUUCUGGCAGUUCUACUGACUUCGAGCUCAAAGCUAGUAGUAGUCGCUUACGUAGAGGAAACCACUUACUCAUUCGAGAAAUUGAGACGGAGUCGAUGAUAAAUAGCAACAACAACACUCCGGUAUGUUCCACGUCUGCAUCCACCACAAAACGUGUGAAGACUUUGGAGGAAAUCAUCGAAUUAGCUAGGCGUAAAGCAUCACGUGAUUAUGGGGAGGAGGUUUCUCUGCAUAGACAACAUAUCGUAGGGGCUCGUGAAAAGUUACCAGUGGAAGAACCGGCAGUGCAGUCGUUGGAGCUAGUCGGAGACAACGAAUGGUUCAGUAGUGACUGGGCCCAUCUGCAAGAACUGCUUGAGUCCGACGAAGAACGUAUAUCACCAAGCAGCGAGGCACCCAUGUUCAUCGAUAUCGACGAAGACGCUCAAAUCAACACUCCCUUACAUCUGGUACCUUUCAUCACUUCAUGUCAAAGCAAUCAUUUGAUCAGAACUGUAGGUAUCGGAAAAUUCUACUGA